UAUGAUGCCCUGAAUUUCUAUCCUGGUGUAUAGUUAAAAACUGGGCCAAUCCUGUUCCAUCCCUUCUACUCUCCCUAAGCUCCAAUUCUUAAUUCAGGCCCUCAAACAAUUUCUCCAUAUUGUACCUCUUCUUUCUGAUACAACUCUGCCAUGUCCUUUCUGCUUUGGGAAGAAGAAUACAGAGGGAAGGAGUUUGGGCCAAUGGCAGCAAUAAACCUCAGGUGUCUUGGCUGCUCCUUUAUUAACUCAUGUCACCCCUUCCCUUUAGGUGGUGGAAAAACUGAGGCUUACCAACUGUAGCCAUCUGUUGUCUACGUAUGACUCCUUCUCCACUAAGGUCUACCUGCUAAAGGAGGGGAAGCUGAGCAAGGGAGCUGUCCGGAUGAUUGGGGAUAUCAUGAAUGAAGAUGCAGGCUACUACAAAUCAUUCCUGCAAUCCCUGAGGAGUGAGAUUUUUUACUCUCAUUCAGAUGGCUUUGAUGAAAUCACUGGUGGCUUUGAUCAGCUCCCCAAUGCCCUCUACCACACAUUGAAACCUGGCACUGUCUCACUGAGGACAACAGUGGAGAAGGUAGAAAUGGUUGGGCCCCAGGUCAAGAUUACAUACCAGAGGGGAAGACGUUCUUCAGACCAGUCCUCCAUCACAGGUGACUUUGCCAUCAUCUCUUCAUCAGCCAAGGCCACACGCCUCAUCCAGUUUGAGCCACCACUCUCUUUGGCCAAGCAAGAUGCCCUUUGUUCUAUUCAUUACACCAGUGCCACCAAGGUGGCCCUGGCCUGCAAAGAGCGCUUCUGGGAACGAGAUGGCAUCAAAGCUGGGGCAACCAUCACAGACCUGCCCACUAGAUUCAUCUACUAUCCCAGCCAUAAUUUCUCUGGCAAUAUAGGCGUCCUUUUAGCCUCCUAUACUUUGGGUGAUGACUGUACCUUUUUUCUGGGCAUGAAACAUAAGAAGUUGGUGGACUUGGUGCUGGGUGACUUGGCAACUAUCCAUCAGAGGUCAAAAAAGGAGCUCCAGGAUUUGUGUGAGACAUCUGUGGUGAAACGCUGGUCCCUAGACCCAUUCACCUUGGGUGGAUUCUCAGAGUUCAACCCUUACCAAUUUGUUGACUAUGCAGAAACACUCUUCCAACCUGAAGGUAACAUUCACUUUGCUGGUGAGCACACAUGCCAGCCCAAUAACUGGAUAGACACAGCAAUCAAAUCUGGGAUCAAGGCAGCCCAGAACAUACAGGCAGCCAUUGAUGCUGCUACUGACUAUGAUGUGGCUGACUGUGAUGAGGACUAUGAUGUUGAUGUAGUUUUGAAUAAGGGAUUAACUUUCUUUCAAGGGAUUAAAGGAAAAUUCCAAAAGGUCUGCUCAUCACAAAGUGGCCCUUGAGAGGUCAGGGGAUAGAAGGAGGUAGAAAUGAGAAGUAGGAAAUAUGUGAUAUAGCAUAACCUAAGGCAAUUUGCCCAUAAGUUUAUAAGCAAUUGAUCAUUAUGAGAGACAUUUCUGGGUAUUAAAAAAUUAAGCAUUAGAACCGAAUCACAAAAUCAAAAUAACCAAAAAGGACGUUAGAGGCCAUCUAGUCUGAACCAUACUUCACUCUCCCCUAAAAAAAUAAUCCUUUUUUUCUUCCAAGAGAAUCAGGGGCUUGACCUCUUGUUGCUGUUCUCUAUGCAAUGGAUUUGAGGACAUAAUAGAGCAAAGUUUGACUUUCUGGCAUAAUUCAGAGAUAAAAGAGUUAAGUGAGAGGAGUGGUAGAUCAGUGAGACCACUCCCAGUGGUUCUGAAAGCAAUUGUUUAAAAUUGGAUGUUCCAGCAGGCCUAGAAGCAAAACUUCUUAGGGGCACACAUCUUUUCUAAAACCUAUUCUGGCUAACAGAUGUGGACUGAAAGCUACCUGGCCAAGCUCCCUAAAUAGGCUCCAGCUCCUUUGGAUAACCCCAGGGCAGAGAGUCAAGGGUAAGAGAAUCAUUUCUUUGCCAUGGGGAAUAGUGACAGGCAUGGGAUCUAAAUUUAUCUGACUACUCAACUCAUCUCUCCAGGAGGAAAAAAAAAGGCCACUAUCUCAUUAAAUGACGUGUUAAAAUAAAUCAGCAAAUAUAUCUCCCAGGACUGAAUAAAUGAUAUUUCUUACAUAUCUUUACACUUAUUUUUUUUCAAAUAUAUAUAUAGCUACUGUAUGAUUUUUAAA